AUGGAGCAGGAUCCAGGAGAGAAAAAAAUAGCAAAUGAAACUGACCGGACCUCUUUCCUCUCUUUGGAUGACAUCCAGCAGGCCAGCAGAACCAACGUGGACCUGAGGGACGACCAGCAGCAGCACGUUAUCCCCGUUGUGCCCUUGACCCCGAUGGCUCUGGUUCCCCCCGAAGACUCGGACAAGAAGGACAACCCCCUCUUCAGCCGGAAGGGGGAACUGCUUGCCAGCCGGAAGGACUUCCGCAUGAACACCUGCACCCCGCAGAACAACGGGCUCUUCAGGCUGGACCUGGCGGGGCGCUCCCCCACCCGGGGCCCAGCAGGCAGGAACGGCGAUUGGGGCCGGGCUGACCCAAAUGACCUGGAGGAACUGUACUGGAGGGGCGUGAAGGAGCGCCUGGUGGCCCGGAGGAAGCUGCAGAAGAAGGUGAGCCGCAGAAAUUCCCUCAAAUUUCUCAAUUCCCUUUCAGGCCCUGGUGAAGUCCCUUCUUCCGUUAGCUACGAGGAGCUGUUCAGCAGGAACGUGGAGCUCUUCAUGGCCCACUCCCAGAAGUACACCCGGGAGACCGUGCUGUCCCAGCGGGUCCGCGACUGGGAGGAGAUGAUGGGCCCACAGCUGGAGGAACAGGAAUCCCGCAGCGCCUUCGACAUCCACAGCUACGGAGACCAGCUGGUGACCCGGUUCAGCCGCCUGGGCGAGUGGCACUCGUUCGCCAGCCUGCUGGCAGGGCAGCCGGCCUUUGAGGUCUGCCGCGCCAUGCUGGCCUCCCUGCAACUG